CAAGCAAGCUAGCACAGCUUAUUUAUUCUCUCCGCAGAGCUCCAUUCUUUGUCUUCACACAUAUUCUCUUUGUUUAUUAUUCAUGGAUAUCAUUAAAUCCCAAAGACAGAAAGAGGAGCGAGCUACUGGCUUGAAACAACAUUUUUUCACUGCUCAAAACAGGCAAGAAGAAGAGACAUUAAUAAUGGCCCAAGAUAGGUCUCCGACAGAGGAAGUCAUGAAGCUAGCUGCCAUUGCAUUAAGCUUAAAUGUAAGGCUAAGAUCUUCCGACAUGCCAGUCGACAUGCAAGAACGUGCCCUUCGCUAUGCAAGAUCAUUUCUCGACGACCCAUCAAUAUCAUCAGCUCCCAAACACCGCCCCAAUCCUACCCUCCUUGCUCGAGCCCUCAAGAAGGAAUUUGACUCGGUAUAUGGGGUGGCCUGGCACUGUGUGGUGGGGAAGAGUUUUGGGUCGUUUGUGACUCACUCACCUGGUGGGUUCAUGUACUUCUCUAUCGACUCGCUGUUUAUUGUUCUCUUCAAAACAGAGGUGAAGUUGGUCACGGAAAUGGAACCUUCUUCCCAGAUCAGCUGACUCGAUUUGAAGGCUGAAAAUGCUGUGUAGUUGCUGACUUUGACUGCCACGGGCCAUCUCUUGAGAAACGAUACCUGUCUUGAAUUUUUGCUUGUUUUUGCCACCUAAUUAGAAAGAAACAAGAACACCAUUUUCUUU